AUGAGUGGUACGCGACAGCCGCGAGCGGCAAAUCGAUUUCCCAAAAUCGUUCCUAACGCCCGUCUCCACGAAAAGUUGUUGAAGGAGCAGCUCUAUUCAACCAGUAUUGGUAUCCACUUCGUCAACGAUCUUAAAAGCGCUUCGAAAGCCAUAGACUUUGCGAAGAUGCUUGUGUUCAUAGAAAGGUUGUGCGACAAUAGCGACUCCUCUCGGGGACCGUUUGAGUAUUCGCUGAACAUGUCACUUUUAGAAGUGCUCGAGAGACCGCAUAUUUGCUGCGAAAGAACACCGAUUGGAUGGAAUGAGGACCCAUUUUUCGAGCGAAACAACAUUCUGGACGCACUCAAGCAAGGGUAUUGCCGUUCUAUCACCCAUUUUGCCGAUUUCGUUGCUGUUAGCCCAGAGCUGUUCAACGAGUUCCUCCAAGAUCUAGUGGAAUACCUUUACACCAAUGUCGCCACAGCUUUCCAGGAAAUUCAAAUCACUGCAGAGGAAUAUGCACUGUUGAAAACUAUUGUGAUUUUCUCUGGAGGUAAUGAUUUAAUUCAAAAGGCAAACGAAUGUGGAUUUGUUGGUAUGGCAAGGCAUUGUUAG